AUGUCAAAGUAUAAAUGUUAUCAUGAUGAAUUUUCUAUUGGGAAAUUAAAAAAAUAUGGUUAUACUGUUUAUUUUGAACAAUUGGUAGAAGAGGAUGGAUUCCCUGAAAUGGAAAAUGGUUAUUGUACCGAGGCCUGCAAAGAAAAAAUGAAAGAAAUUUAUACAUCAGUAAUGGAAGAAUAUUUAAAAAACUCUAAACGUUAUUUUGAAGAUGCAAGAAUUUUUAAAUAUGGGGAAAAUAAACAUUAUGUUCACAAGGAUGACUAUGAAUCGUUCUUUAAAAAAAAAGAAAUCUUUUUAAAUCCAAUCGAUAGGAAAAUCUUUUUAAAUCCAAUCAAUAGGAGUGACAAAUUGGUGUUGGUUUGUUUUAAAGUUGGUAUUCUAAACGGAAAGCCAGUGAGGCUAUGUGAUCUUCCAGAAGGAGUUAAAUGUGAUUAUGAUGCUGAUAAUCUACCAGGGGGUCCAAUUAAAGAGGAAGAAGAUGAUUAA